GCCAUAAUUCAAGUUCGUCGACAACCCGGAAAGGUGACGGAUCUCCCAAUGCUCGGAACAGCCACCCUCCAAAAUAGAAGGAAACCCUCCCAAUUCUUCUCGCCCAAAGCUUGUGGCCUUCUCCAUGCUCUGAUUUCUCUCGAAGAGCGAAAUUAUUCUGUCAUAUUCUCGCCGAUAUCGCUCCAAUGGAUGCUAUUCUCAUCCUUCCUUGUAAUUUGCCAUCCAGUCAUGGCUUGAAGCUUCUAUUUUCGCCGUUUCAUUCAUUGUCGGCUACGGCGGAGGGCUACACUGAGAAAAAGACCAAUUCAUGCUAUAGAUCCAUACAAGGUUGCUAUAUUCUUCUCCCCACCAAGAGAAAAAGAUCUUAUUCGAUCGUCCGAUGCUCGUCAAUGGAGCAAGAUUUGAAACCAAGGCCGACAAUGAAGCUCAUGCCCGUCAGUGAUUCUCCCGACCUGGAACAAGGUUCCAACAAGUCCAACAAUAAUUGCAUCAUCCAUCCUCUCCCCUCAGCUCUUUGUCAUCGAAUUGAGAGGCUGGUCUUCUUUAAGAAGUACAAAGCAGCCAUCGAGCUAUUUGAGGUCCUGGAAUUGAGUGGGCGAGGUAAUGGCAGCUCCGAAGCAAUUGGCGCCAGCACUUACGAUUCUCUGGUCACAGCUUCCAUCAGCCUCAAAUCCGCAACGGUUGCUCGAUCCAUCUUCCGCCACAUGAUGGAAUGUGAAUUUGAUUUUGAUCAGUACAUGAUGAAUAGGGUCCUUCUGAUGCACAUGAAAUGUGGAAUGAUAGUGCAUGCACGCCGCUUGUUCGAUGACAUGCCGCAAAAAAAUUCAGUGUCGUGGAACACCAUGAUUUCAGGCCUGGUUGAUGCAGGCUCCUAUGAUGAGGCGCUUGAGAUGUUUCUGAUUAUAUGGGAGGAUCAAAUAGAUGUUGGCUCCCGUGGGUUGGCAACUUCCAUAAGAGCUGCAGCAGGGUUGGCCUCACUGGCUGCCGGCGUUCAGUUACAUUCUUUUGCUUUUAAAGCAGGCCUUUUUUAUAACUUAUUUGUGUCUUGUGCUCUUAUUGACAUGUAUGGCAAGUGUGGAUGCAUUAAUGAUGCCCGCCAGGUGUUUGAUUGGAUGCCUGACAAGCAUGUUGUGGGAUGGAAUUCAAUGAUAGCCGGAUAUGCUUUAAAUGGUUACAGUGAAGAAGCUCUUGAGUUGUACUAUCAGAUGCAAAACUCCAAUGUAAAGAUGGAUCAUUUCACUUAUUCUAUCAUCAUCAGAAUCUGUGCUCGGUUGGGUUUACUAGAGCAAGGCAAGCAAGCUCACGCUGGAUUGGUUAGAAACGGGUUUGGCACGGAUACUGUUGCAUGUACUGCUCUCGUUGAUUUGUAUUGCAAAUGGGGGAGAAUGGAUGAUGCAAGGCAUGUUUUUGAUAAGAUGUCUCGUAGAAAUUUGAUAUCUUGGAAUGCUUUGAUAGGAGGUUAUGGGAAUCAUGGUAUGGGAGCUGAGGCUGUGGCAGUGUUUGAGAGUUUGCUGAAGGAAGGAAUAAUUCCAAACCAUGUGACCUUUCUUGCAGUCUUAGGUGCUUGUAGCUAUUCUGGACUGUUAAGCAAAGGGAGAGAAAUCUUUGAAUUGAUGGCUCGAGAUCCCAAGACGAAGCCACGGGCAAUGCAUUAUGCCUGCAUGAUAGAACUGCUGGGACGAGAGGGUCUUUUGGAUGAAGCAUUGGCUCUUAUAAAAAACGCUCCUUUCAGCCUGACCACAAACAUGUGGGCAGCAUUGUUUAGGGCUUGUAGAUUUCACAGGAACCUUGAACUUGGAAAACUAGCAGCUGAGAAGCUUUUCGGGAUGGAACCAGAGAAGUUGGGGAAUUACAUUGUACUCCUAAAUCUUUAUAACAGCAGUGGGAGAAUGAAUGAUGCUGCCAAGGUUUUGGAUUCUUUAGCGAGGAAAGGACUUAGACUUGUUCCUGCUUGUAGCUGGAUCGAGAUCAAGAAGCAACCCCAUAGGUUUCUUUUUGGAGACAAAUCCCAUCCACAGAGUGAAGAGAUCUAUAAAAGGGUUGAUGCAUUGAUGGAGGAGAUUGUUAAAGAAGGCUAUCUUCCUCAAAGGAGAUGUUUAUUUCCUGAUGUGUUGGAACAUGACCAAAUAAUUUUGCAUUUUCAUAGUGAGAUAUUGGCAAUUAGUUUUGGGCUGAUCAACACGCCAGACUUCACCCCUCUGCAAGUGUUACAGGGUCACAGGGUCUGCAAUGACUGUCAUUGUAUAAUUAAGCUUAUUACUAUUGUCACCAGAAGGGAGAUUGUUGUGAGGGAUGCAAGCCGCUUUCAUCAUUUCAGAAAUGGGGCUUGCUCUUGUGCGGAAUACUGGUAACUGAAUUCAGGGGCGGUUGGCGGCGAUUGGGUGUUGUGGCUGUGACUGGCAGUGGUAGCCAAUUGGGUGACAGUGGCAGCUGGCAACAACAGUCGGUAGCUGUUGUUGGCGGCGGCGC